CACCAUCAAUAACCAAAACGAUGGCGGCCCUGAGCAAAUCUCUGGCCUUGACGCGCGCCUUGCCGGCCACUGCGUCCAUUCUCGCCCGUCGCACCGUCUAUGUGAUGAGCCCUCGCGACAACUUCAUGUCGGAUUACCAGUUGACGCUGCCCUCGUUCACUCGUCGUGCGGAGCAACUCUUUGGCCACAAGACCGUCACCAGCGAUUGUGGUGAUCGCGUGGACGUCACCACCUAUGCCGACUACGUGAAGAGCUGCCGCAAGGUCGGUGGCAUCCUCGAGGAGCUGGGCAUCGGCCAAGGCCAUCGUGUGGCCUCUUUCGCCUGGAACAACAUCAACCACCUCGAGCUGUGGUAUGGCGUGCCUAACGCCUCGCGUGUCCUGCACACGUUGAACAUUCGCCUCUUUGCUGAGCAAAUCACCUAUGUAGUUAACCACGCCGAGAACGAGGCCAUCUUUGUGGACAAGUCGCUCUUCAAGCUUCUCUGGCCCCUGGUCGACACCUUCAAGACGGUCAAGCACAUUAUUGUGAUGGAUGAUGGCGUGCCCGGUGACCUGCCCGAUGACCCCCGCAUCCUCAACUACGAGGAGCUCAAGGCAUCGGUUCCUGAGGUGGAAUUUGACGUCAAGGAUGAGCGCAUGCCGGCAAGCAUGUGCUACACCAGUGGCACAACCGGCAUGCCCAAGGCCGUUGUGUACACGCACCGCUCCCAGUAUCUGCACACGAUGGGCAUCCUGAGCGCUGAUUCCUUGGGUGUGCGCGAAACGGAUUGCGUCCUGCCCGUGGUGCCCAUGUUUCACGCCAAUGGCUGGGGUCUGCCCUUUGCGACUGUGGCCGUCGGAUCUGAUCUCGUUUUCCCCAGCCGCAACAUGACCCCCAAGCAUCUGGCCAUGUUGAUGGAGAAAUACAAAGUGACCAUUGCCGCUGGUGUACCGACCAUUUGGAUGGGUGUCCUGCCCGAGCUGAAGGGCCGUGAUCUGUCAGCGCUCCGUGGCAUUCCCGUGGGUGGCAGUGCCGUGCCCCUCUCGUUGUCCAAGGCAUACGAAAAGGCCACGGGCCUGCCCAUCAUGCAGGCCUGGGGUAUGACCGAGACUUCACCCCUGGGCAGCGUGUGCUCCAUCUCAAGCAAGCACGCAAACGCACCCCAGGAGACGAUUGACCAUCUUCGGCAGUCCAUCGGUUAUCCCGUCGUCGGCGUGGACAUGCGCAUUGCUAAUCUUGAGACGGGCGAGGACCUCCCCUGGGACGGCGAAACUACGGGUGAAUUGGAGGUCCGCGGACCUUGGAUCGCUUCGAGCUACUACAACCCAGAUCAACCAGCAGAUAACUUCAAGGCUGAUGACUGGAUGGCCACGGGCGAUGUCGCCGCCAUCUCUGAGGAUGGUUACGUCUACAUUUCGGACCGCUCCAAGGAUUUGAUCAAGAGCGGUGGUGAAUGGAUUGGUUCGGUGGAAGUGGAGAACAUUAUCAUGUCACACCCCAAGGUGAAGGAAGCCGCCGUGGUCGCCGUUCGCUCCAAGCGUUGGAUGGAGCGCCCGAUGGCGUGCGUGGUGCUCGCGGACGAUGAGGAGCUUACUCACGAGGAGCUGAUUGAGUUUUUGGAGCCUCGCAUGGCCAAGUGGUGGCUGCCCGAUGUGACCGUCUUUGUGGACGAGAUUCCAAAGACCUCGGUUGGCAAGUUUUCCAAGAAGGAUUUGCGCAAGCAGUUUGAGCACGUUGUUGUGGCAUAGGCGAUCCUGACCACUCAUUGCGAAAACGCGGUCCUGACUGCUGGCUUCACGUUGGAAUGAGCAGUGGCGUCGGCCCCUCGCUAUCAUCGUGACUUUGCCUGUCUCUGACCAUUAGAGAUGUCGCUCCGACGAGAGAAUCAACUUUUUCAGGGGAAGGGCCGGGGGCAGGGUCGGGUCAAGACUGGCUCCCUUGUUUGGCGCGCGUCUUUGUUCGAGGCAUGCCACAAUCGAGUUGUCUAUCC